AUGAGUCCUUUAGAAGAAGUUUUAAUUAAAAAAAUUUACACCUUAUUGACAAUAGAGAUGCCAUGUGUUACCAAUACUCAGACCCGUCUUUUUUCCCUCGUAAAUAACUUGAAACUUUUUUUAGCCAAAAACCCGAUCCUAAGACAUUUUAAGAACCAAGCCUGA